AUGGCUGCUCCCGAGGUUCACCACUUGUUCCACAACCCAAUCGCCGACCACUCCUUCUCGACCGACCACAGCGUCCUCGCCGUGGCACGAGACACGAGCGUCGAGCUCUACGGCAAGGUCGGAAAUGCCUUUAAGCUCAAGGACGAGCUCAAGGGCCAUGACAAGACGGUCACUGGUGUCGACAUUGCGCCAAACAGCGGCCGCAUCGUAACUUGCUCGCAAGAUCGCAAUGCCCUCGUCUGGGAGCCUUCGCCGACCGGAUACAAGCCGACACUGGUUCUCCUACGCAUCAGCCGCGCCGCGACGUUUGUGCGCUGGUCGCCGUCCGAGACCAAGUUUGCCGUCGGCUCGGGCGACCGCGUCAUCGCCGUCUGCUACUUUGAGGAGGAAAACGACUGGUGGGUGUCGAAGCACCUGAAGAAGCCGAUCCGCAGCACAAUCACCAGCGUCGCGUGGCACCCCAACUCGGUGCUCCUUGCGGCCGGCUCGACCGACGCCCACGCGCGCGUCUUCUCCGGCUUCAUCAAGGGCAUGGACGCCAAGCCCGAGCCCAGCGUCUGGGGCGAGCGCCUGCCCUUCAACACCGUCUGCGGCGAGUACCUCAACAACUCGGCGGGCUGGGUGCACUCGGUCGCCUUCUCGCCCAGCGGCGACGCCCUCGCCUUUGCGGCCCACGACAGCAGCAUCACCGUCGUCUACCCCACCGGCCCGGAGCAGCCGCCCCGCGCCGUGCUGACCGUCUCGACCCAGCUGCUGCCCUUCAAGAGCCUGCUGUGGAAGUCGGACGAUGAGAUCAUCGCCGCCGGCUACGACUGCGAGGCGUUCCGCUUCAAAGGUGGUGAGUCGGGCUGGGAGAUUGCUGGCCCCGUCGAGGCCAAGGGGGCCGCUGCCGGCGUGCAGCGUGAGGAAUCUGCUCUGAACAUGUUCAGGCAGAUGGAUCUCAAGGGCAAGUCCAAGGACGACACGCAGCUCAAGACGACUCAUCAAAACACCGUUACUACGAUUCGCCCGUACGAGACGUCGGGUGGCCGUGUUACCAAAUUUACUUCCAGCGGCGUUGAUGGUCGUGUCGUUAUUUGGGACGCUUAG